AUGGCCGCUACCACCAGGAUCGCACGAGCCAGAGGCAUUAACAAAUUCUCUACCUUCAUGCACCUGACCGAUCUGUGCCUUUCGCAAAAUACACUCGAAGCUAUAGAUAAACUGCAUAAAGCUGGCAAGUUCUUGCGACUAGGUCUCAGUAACUAUGCGUCUUUCGAGGUGGCCGAGAUUGUGAUGACGUGUAAACACAAUGGAUGGGUAAAGCCAACAGUGUACCAGGCCAUAUACAACUGCCUAUUCCGGACUAUUGAGGACGAAUUGAUUCCAACCUGCCGUCGUUAUGGUAUCGCCAUCGAUGUAUAUAGCCCGACUGGAGGCGGAUUCCUCCUCGGCCGUAUCACAUCAAAGGAUGACGAUCCGAAGGAAGGAAGAUACGCGGCAGGCCCGUUUCAGCAUUUGACGCGAGGGCGGUACUUUAGAGACGGCAUAAUCAAGGGGGCACAGCUCAUCCGUGAAGCUGCUGAGGCACGAGGGUUGAGUCCCUUGGAGGUAGCAAUGCGCUGGUUGGUACACCACUCAAUACUACAGGUUAUCGAAGGGCAGGAUGGGGUCGUGAUUGGCUUCUCUAAUCUACAGCAACUAAGGGACAAUCUGGACUACAAGGGACCGUUAGACGCGGAGCUUCUUCAGGUACUACAGCGAGCAUGGAAAGCAGCCAAAGGGGACAUGGAGACAUAUUGGCAGCUACCAAUGGUAUACACGUACGACACGAAAGAAGUGCUUUUGGGUAAGUGA